UUGAUUAUUAAUCUUUCUCACCUAUUCCAAGUUUGUGUCUUCCCGCUAAAGCACACACACAAACAAACUUCUCUCUCCUCUCUCUGUUUCUUUCUUGCAUUCUAAAAUCUAAAUUCCUCAUUUUCUCUCUCCUCCAUCUUUCUUCACCAAUCAUAAACUGCAAAAUCUGUCCUUUGCUUCUUUCAGGCUCAAUCAAUUUACCAGCAAUUGUAUUUUUUGGGAGAAAAUUAUAAAUUUUUUAGAAAAAUAUUGAUGAUGCUUUAGUCCCACCUUCCAUAACCAUAUCCCUUUCUUCAAUCUAACUCCACUUCUUCAUCAAAUUUUUUUAAAUUUCCCCCAAAAUAAAUUAAAAAAAUUAAAUACCCACAACAUUUCUUUCUUUGUUUUUACUCAAUUUCCUAAAAAGGUAGGAUUUUUCCUUAAAAAAAAUUGUGGGUAUUAAUUUUAAUUGAAGAAAAAUUAGUGAGUAUUAAUUAAUUUUUCAAAAAUGAGUAUAGAAGUAGUGCAAUCUUCAAGUAUAAGUUCAAUUCAAAGUAGCCCCACUAGAAAUGAUGGUUUGUACCAGCAAUAUACUCGUAAUAAUAAUAGUAAUAGUAAUAAUAGUAAUAAUAAUAAUAAUAAUAAUAAUAAUAAUAAUAAUAAUAAUAAUAUCAAUACUAGUAAUACUUGUUCUGAAGAAGAAGAGUUGGGUGGAGGAGAGAGAAAAAGGAGGAGAGAAGUUGAAGAAGAAGAAAGAGAAUUUCAGUUAAAAUUUGUUGGAUUGUUUUUCACUGCUUUUAGGAGAUCUGUUUUUGGGUGUUCUUCUUGUGAUAUUAAAUCAGGGUUUUCAACUUCAAAUUCGGCUUCGAAUACUUCUUUUGGUGGGAUGGAAAUUGGUUUGCCUACUAAUGUGAGGCAUGUUGCUCAUGUCACAUUUGAUCGAUUCAAUGGCUUUCUUGGUCUUCCUGUUGAAUUUGAGCCUGAAGUCCCUAGAAGUGCUCCUAGUGCUAGUACCACAGUUUUUGGAGUCUCGACCAAUUCCAUGCAACUGUCCUUUGAUACCAGAGGAAACAGUGUGCCUACAAUACUCUUGCUAAUGCAACAUCGGUUGUAUGCUUUAGGAGGUCUCGAAGCAGAAGGAAUUUUCAGAAUUAAUCCUGAUAAUGGGCAAGAAGACAUUGUCAGAGAUCAACUAAACCGAGGACUAAUUCCUGAUGAUGUCGAUGUUCAUUGCCUGGCAGGUCUAAUUAAGGCUUGGUUCAGAGAACUUCCAACUGGUGUUUUAGACUGUCUUUCCCCAGAGCAAGUCAUGGAAUCGCAGACAGAAGAGGAGUGCUUUCAGCUUGCAAGGCUUCUCCCCCCAACAGAAGCUGCUCUUCUGGAUUGGGCUGUCAAUCUGAUGGCUGAUGUUGCACAGUUUGAGCAUAUGAACAAAAUGAAUGCACGUAAUGUUGCUAUGGUGUUUGCUCCAAACAUGACUCAUAUGGCAGACCCUUUAACAGCAUUGAUGCAUGCAGUCCAAGUGAUGAAUUUUCUGAAGACACUCAUUGAAAGGACUCUAAAAGAAAGAGAGGAUUCGGUUUUAGAUUCUGCUCUUGAUUCUUACAGCAGGGAUCCUUCAGGUGACAAUGGUUGUCACACUCCCUUGCAAACCAUUCAUGAGGAGAAUACUGAAAGUGAGCCAGAUGUUGUAGAAAACCGUACUUCUGAAGCCAUGAACCCUGCUGCAGCCGAUCAACCAGCCACCUCGGCUGAGAACAUUAAUACCAUUCCUGGAGAAAAUCAGUCCUCAGUUAGCAAUCACAGAGAAGAAGAAUUGACACCUGCAGACACCAAAACCAAGCCAUCUAACAAGCAGAAGAAUAGUAGAAAUGGACAGACUUCUACAACUAAAAAGGGACCUAGAAAGAGUAAUGAAAAACUGGUUGUUCAGAUUGCCUCCAAGUCAGCAGAGAAAACUAAGGGAUCCAUCCUUGUUAGCAGUGUGAAACCAAGGAAUGAGAGAAUUGAAGCUUGGCGGUAAAUCUUGUUGUGCUUACUCCACUUUAUAAUAGAUCCAUGUCUUCAGUUGGGGGGAUGGUUGUAUUGUCUACAUCUUUUGUGGCUGGUGAUCCAAAGUCGAAAUUGUAGUUUCGCUUUGGAAUAAUGUAUUUAGUAUCUAUUAUGGCUUUUCUUGGAUGAUUUUAUCUGUUGUAUGAGUGGUCUGUUAACCUGUUCUGAAGUGAUUUGGGAUGUUUCCUUUUUAACCCCAGAAGAGCUAACAGUUGUAUGUUUUAAAAGCAUAUUUAGGCUUUGGAUUUUUGUAUGAAUCAAGUCCUUAAUUUGCUAAUAACAUUGUAUAGUUGGCAAUAUGGCAUGUUAUCAUGUUAUGACUUAAGUUUGAAACA